AUGCGCUGCUCGUGGUGCCUUGACUUUAGCCCCGCCAUGGCUAGCCCGGGCCCACGUUGGACCUUGACGGUAUACACACGCGCCUUGCAUCAAUCUGUCUUGGUGCUAAAUCCGCAUGCAGUCCUCGACCUACCCCAGCUUUACACCAAGCCCUCCGCAGAGGCCCUCCUCGACACGCUCGCGCUCCUCACCACCGGUCCGCGGUCAUGGGAAUACACAAGCACGAGUGAUGAAGCCGGUAAUCGAGUGGAUUCUGGUGAGCCUGUUGUCCACGUCAACCCAGAGGGCGUCACACGAUAUCUCACUACCAUCAUCAGUAGCGGUUUACAAUGGAUUCAAGACGAUGAGGUCAAGGAGCGCAUCUGGGAUCAGGCCAGCGCCCGGCUGAGCGAGCGCUCCGGUCGAUCUGCCAUGAGCACCAUGUCUCGCACAUUCCAAAUCCCUACCGCCUCUGAAUCGUUCGAGCUCAAGAUUCACGAGCCUGCUAUGACAGGCGACGAUCUAGGCCUGAAGACAUGGGCUGCUUCAUACAUGCUUGCUAAGCGCCUCAAGAGCUUCAACCUCGUGCUGCCAGAUACACAUGAGAGGUUACAGGUCCUGGAGCUUGGGUCUGGUACCGGUUUAGUAGGAUUAGCAAUGGCCGGCCUUGGCGCAGACGUUGUUCUGACAGACCUACCCAGCAUUUGCCCGAACCUGGCCUACAAUGCGCAGCAGAAUCGAGAAAUUGUCAGUCUCAAUGGUGGAGCAGUCCGCACAGCUGUGCUUGACUGGACACAUCCCACUCACUGUGAACCUUUGCCAAACGUCAACGGUACUGGCGACAAUCUAGUCAUUCCUGCAAAAUUCCCCUUAAUCUUGGCCGCAGAUUCACUAUACUCUCCACAUCACCCACGCAUGUUAGUUGAUACCAUUGCCGCUUGGCUUUCUCCGGACAACGACGCUAGAGUAAUCAUCGAGUUUCCAUACAGAGACUGUUACUUGCCCGAGAUCAAGGACUUCCGUCGCCGGAUGCUUGAGCUCGGCUUAGAGAUAUUGGAAGAGGGAGAGGAGAGGGGACGGGAUGACUGGGGACCGUCAGAGACAAGCGAAGAUCCAGAUGAUGAAGCGCUCAACCCUUCUUUCAUCCUCCAAGCCAAGGACAAGCUCACCUACGAAGACCGACCAAUUCCCGAACUCCCCUCUCCAUACGAUGUCAUCAUCAGACCACGAUGGACCGGUAUCUGCGGUUCGGAUGUGCACUACUGGGUUGAAGGGCGCAUCGGUCACUUUGUAGUUGAGAAGCCCAUGGUUCUCGGCCACGAAUCAGCUGGUGUCGUACACAAAGUUGGCGACAAGGUCAAGAGCCUAAAAGUUGGUGACGAGGUUGCUAUGGAGCCCGGUGUGCCUUGCCGCCGUUGCGUACGAUGCAAAGAUGGAAAAUACAAUCUUUGCCCUGACAUGGCCUUUGCUGCCACACCCCCAUACGAUGGCACACUCGCGCGGUAUUACACACUGCCAGAGGACUUCUGCUACAAACUUCCCGAGAACAUGAGCAUGGAGGAGGGUGCGCUUAUCGAGCCUACCGCUGUCGCUGUACACAUCACAAGGCAAGCUGCGAUCAAGCCCGGAGACUCGGUCGUAGUAUUCGGUGCAGGUCCCGUCGGUUUGCUGUGCUGCGCUGUCGCAAAGGCAUACGGCGCAAAGAAGAUUGUGACUGUAGACAUCAACGACGAACGCCUCAACUUUGCACUCAAGUAUGCCGCAAACGCAAGCUUCAAGAGCCAAAGAGUGAGCGCACAAGGAAACGCCGAGAAUUUGAUCAAGGAAUGUGAUUUGGGUUCGGGCGCAGAUGUCAUUAUCGAUGCGUCGGGUGCUGAGCCCUGUAUUCAAACCGCCAUCCACGCGCUACGCAUGGGCGGAACAUAUGUUCAGGGUGGCAUGGGCAAACCCGACAUCAACUUUCCCAUCAUGGCCAUGUGCACCAAGGAACUCAAUGUCAAGGGCUCCUUCCGUUACGGCUCAGGCGACUAUCAAACCGCUAUUGACCUAGUGGCUAGCGGACGCAUCUCAGUCAAGGAACUCAUCACCGGUAAGGUCAAGUUCGACGAGGCGGAGAAGGCGUUUGCAGAUGUCAAGGGUGGCAAGGGCAUCAAGAUAUUGAUCGAAGGCCCUGCUGAGCAAUACUCCAUCAUGGGAGCAGGCGGAGGCACAUCGUUCGCUAGGCUCUUUACGCCACAAAAGAUAGCCUUUCAUUUCUUCUUCUGGGGAUUUCAUUGGGCCCUUUUCGGUAUAGGAUGGUGGAAACAACAGGGAGAUGCACGUUUGGCGCCACUGAAUGCCCUUCAGUACUCAGUAUGGGUAUCUCGGGGUGCAGGUCUUGUUCUGUCUGUUGACACAAUGGUUAUCGUCAUGCCUAUGUGCAGAAAUAUCCUCCGGUGGCUCCGCCCGAAAGUGCGCGUGCUGCCACUUGACGAGUCCCAAUGGUUUCACCGCCAAGUCGCCUACGCUAUGCUGUUCUUCACUAUCCUCCACGUGGCGGCGCAUUAUGUCAACUUCUUCAAUGUUGAACGUGUGCAGGUCCGCCCUCAGAUCGCGCUACAAAUCCACUACGCCGAGGCUGGUGGUAUCACAGGGCACAUUAUGUUAUUAUGCAUGCUUCUGAUCUAUACUACAGCGCACCACAGGAUCCGACAGCAGUCAUUCGAGACGUUCUGGUACACGCAUCACUUGUUCAUUCCGUUUCUACUCGGCAUGUACACGCACGCAACCAGCUGUUUCGUCCGUGACACUGUCCCAGCUUUCUCUCCCUUCGAUAGCGACAAUUUCUGGACUCACUGCAUUGGUUACGAGGGUUGGCGAUGGGAGCUCGUUGGUGGCGGCCUCUACUUCUUCGACCGUUUGUACCGAGAGAUUCGUUGCAGACGCCAGACACAGAUCGUCAAAGUUGUGCGCCACCCAUACGAUGCUGUCGAGAUCCAAUUCACGAAGCCCAGCAUGAAGUACAAGCCAGGACAGUGGCUCUUCCUGAAUUGUCCUGAUGUCAGUUACCACCAGUGGCAUCCAUUCACCAUCACUUCCUGCCCCAACGACCCGUAUAUUUCUGUUCACGUACGUCAAGUCGGUGACUUCACCCGCGCUCUCGCCGAUGCCCUUGGUGCCGGUCAAUCGCAAUCAAAGCUCUACGACGAGCUCGACCCUAUGGGCAUGUACGAGAUCGCUCUUCAGCACGGCCAAAAGAUGCCUGCUCUACGUAUCGAUGGGCCUUACGGAGCUCCCGCAGAAGACGUCUUCGAGAACGAAGUCGCAGUUCUUAUUGGCACCGGUAUUGGUGUCACACCAUGGGCCUCGAUUCUCAAAUCUAUCUACCACCUCCGCCUCAGCCCGAACCCUCCUAAGCGUCUCCGUCGCGUCGAGUUCAUCUGGGUCUGCAAAGACACGUCGUCAUUCGAAUGGUUCCAGACCUUGCUUUCAUCGCUCGAAGCUCAAUCUCUCGGUGGUGCGGAUGGAGACCAAUUCCUGCGGAUCCACACAUAUCUCACACAGAAGAUGGAUGUUAACACUGCGCAAAAUAUCGUGCUUAACUCAGUGGGCACUGACAAGGACCCACUCACCGAACUCAAAUCCCGCACCAACUUUGGACGUCCAGACUUCCAGCGCCUGUUCUGCGGUAUGCGAGAUGGUAUUCUGGACCGCACAUACAUGAACGGAUUAGAAAGCACUCUACGCACAGAGUUCUCUUUCGUUCGUUCAAUGGCAUCUCUUCCCCUCUUCCACAGCUGGGCGUCGGAGAUCAAAAACGCACUCAACAUCGAAGAGAAACCUAAGAUGAACGGCACAAGCACUGAGGCUGCGCCAGCAGCGGUAAACGGCGUCAGCAAGUCGAAUGGCACUGAUGUCAAGUUCUCAACCAAGGCGAACAUUGGUGUUUACACGAACCCCGCGCACGAUCUUUGGGUCGCGGAGGCGGAACCGAGUUUGGAGGAAGUGCAAAGAGGUGGAGACCUGAAGCCAGGAGAGGUUCUUCUCAAUGUCAAGAGCACCGGUAUCUGCGGUAGUGACAUCCACUUCUGGCAUGCUGGUUGCAUUGGUCCUAUGAUAGUCGAGGACACUCACGUCCUGGGUCACGAAUCCGCCGGCACAGUUAUGGCCUGCCACCCCUCAGUAACAAACCUCAAGCCUGGCGACCGUGUAGCCAUCGAACCCAACAUCAUCUGCGGUGAAUGCGAGCCGUGCCUUACAGGUCGCUACAACGGCUGCGAGCGCGUACAGUUCCUCUCCACUCCUCCCGUCACCGGUCUUUUGCGUCGUUACCUCAAGCAUCCAGCAAUGUGGUGCCACAAGCUCCCCGACAGCAUGACUUUCGAGGACGGCGCCAUGCUUGAGCCUCUCUCCGUGGCCCUCGCAGGAAUGGACCGUGCAAACGUCCGCCUUGGUGACCCAGUUAUCGUUUGUGGCGCUGGUCCGAUCGGUCUUGUAACUCUUCUCUGCUGCCAAGCAGCAGGCGCGACUCCCAUUGUCAUAACCGACAUUGAUCAAGGCCGUCUUGACUUUGCCAAAUCGCUAGUCCCAGGCGUUCUUACCCACAAAGUGGAAUUCAGCCACUCACCCACCGACUUCCAAGAUGCCAUCCUCAAACUCACAGAUGGUGUUGAGCCCUCGCAUGCCAUGGAGUGCACUGGUGUUGAAAGUUCCAUCAACGCUUGUAUUCAGACUGUAAAGUUUGGCGGCAAGGUCUUCGUUAUCGGUGUCGGCAAGAACGAGAUGAAGAUUCCUUUCAUGAGAUUGAGUACCCGGGAGGUAGAUCUGCAGUUCCAGUACCGAUACUGCAACACAUGGCCCAAGGCCAUCCGGUUAUACAAGAGCGGUGUCAUUGAUCUGAGCAAGCUUGUCACUCAUAGGUUCAAGUUGGAGGAUGCGGUUGAGGCAUUCAAGACCGCUGCGGAUCCCAAGACUGGUUGCAUCAAGGUGCAGAUCCAGAGCUUGGAUUAG